AUGAGCAGUCAAUCGAUAGGGAACACCUCCAGCAAUGGCUGGGUGGUACAAAAAUUCGGUGGCACCAGCGUCGGAAAGUUUCCUGACAAGGUUGGUCCCCCGCGAACCGGAAAGUUGUCACUGCGGAAGCUGACUGAGGUUAUUCGCAUGGCAGAUCGCUACGGAUAUUGUCCGAACAAGGUAGUCGUCGUCUGCUCGGCGAGAAGCACGGGCAAGAAGGUCGAGGGUACCACCAGCCGGCUUCUUGGUGUUUUUAAUAAGCUCAAGGGCAUUGCUGCCCCUACGAGCGCCGAAGAGGCGCAAAAUGAACUCAUGAACCAGGCGAAUGGCCUGAUUGACGACAUCUGCAAAGACCAUGUUUCAGCAGUCAAGACUUUCCUAACCAACCCGGAACUGCAGGCAUCUCUGGAGCAGGAGAUUCGUGACGAGUGCCAGGAGCUGGUCGAGUACAUUGUAGCGGCCAGAAGAUUCAACCUCGAAGUGAACUCAAGGUCCAAGGACCGUUGCAUCAGCUUUGGAGAGAAACUCAGCUGCAGAUUUAUGGCCGCGCUAUUGAAGGACCUGGGUGUCGCAGCAGAAUAUGUGGACCUGAGCGACGCGUUCCACUAUGAUGCCACUGGUCGUUUGGAUCAGAGCUUCUAUCAAGAGGCCGCUGCCGUGCUGCGGAAAAAGAUCACUGCCUGCGAGGACCGGGUUCCCGUGGUUACUGGCUUCUUUGGGAACGUCCCCGGCAGUCUGAUCGACGGUGACAUUGGCCGAGGAUACACUGAUCUCUGCGCGGCGCUAUGCGCUGUCGGUCUCAAGGCUGAUGAGCUUCAGGUGUGGAAGGAGGUCGACGGAAUCUUCACCGCCGACCCGACAAAGGUCCCUACGGCACGCCUGCUGCACUCCAUCACACCGUCCGAGGCUGCAGAGCUGACGUUCUACGGCUCCGAGGUCAUCCACCACUUGACCAUGGACCAGGUCAUCCACGCCUCUCCCCCUAUCCCCAUCCGCAUUAAGAACGUCAAGAACCCUAGAGGGGUUGGCACCAUCGUCGUUCCCGAUCCUGUACUCACGGCCGGCCACCAGAUUCAGCGGUCGCAGCCAUCGGAUCCCUCAUUGAUCCAGAAGCCGAAGAGGCCGACGGCUGUCACGAUCAAGGACAAGAUCUCCGUUAUUAACGUGCACUCAAACAAGCGAUCAAUCUCCCAUGGUUUCUUCGCCAAGGUGUUCUCUAUCCUCGACAGCAACCAGAUCUCCGUCGACCUCAUCUCCACCAGUGAGGUCCAUGUGUCUAUGGCUAUCCAUGCCGGCAACUCGGAGGGUAGCAGCUUUGACAAGGCGCGUCUUGAAUUGGAGGAUUGCGGCGAUGUUAGCGUGCUCCACGACAUGGCCAUUCUGAGUCUGGUUGGCGCGGAGAUGAAGAACAUGAUUGGUAUUGCCGGACGCAUGUUCUCCACGCUCGGCGAGCACAAUGUCAACCUGGAAAUGAUUUCACAAGGCGCCAGCGAGAUCAACAUCUCUUGUGUCAUCGACGCUCGCGAUGCCACCCGCGCCAUGAACAUUCUGCACACGAAUUUGUUCACCUUCCUCGACUAG